CACGGCUCAAGUAGCAGAUCACUACCAGCCAAGAGCUUUGCUUGUCUUGUUCAGGCUUGAUAAGGUAAGAAAUUGUGUUAAUAGCGGGUUUACUACUGUAAAGAAACUUCUCGAACACUACAUUCAAAUGGAUUUCUAACAACCCUGCCUCAAACGCGUAUUUAGGGGGUUCGAUAUCUUCUUUAGGUGUUGCAUGUAAUAUUGAUUAAGAACCAUGAUUGCAUCGCUAAUCUUUUACACAAAGGAACAAGAUGGCUUGUGAAAACAAACAUUUUUUUCUCUCGUUUUUUUCUACCUAUUCGCAUGUUAGAAAUGCCUUUUCCUGGCGGUUUCUUUUGAACUUGGAACAAGGUGGACGAUUUCCGAAAUGAGUUCUAUGCUCUGUUCAGAAUUCCAGAGUCGAGAAGCACAAGUUUAAGACCCUUUCAAUUUGAUGGAAUGCAACUAAAGCCGUCAUUAGUUUCGAUCAUAAUCUUUCUCGAGGUCGACAGUCUAGGUCGUACGAUUACGAAAGAUUCGCGGUAGAUUAGCCUCAAGUUUAUGUUACAGAAAAGGAAAGAAUGCUGGAUGCGAGAAGCAUUUACAAGUGAGCAAAAUUAAAAACAGUAUUUGCCACUUCUACUCUGUCCAAGAAAAUUUGUGACGUAUGGGGGCGGAUUUAUGUUGAGAGUUUAUGUUUUCGUCUGUGUCGCCGCGACGCAUCUUUGAAGAACAGAUUUAAAGAGGAUUCAAGAUUUUCAAGAUUACCGAUCACUUUGUGUAAAUACAUAAUAUUGAGGUCAUUAUUGCGGGUCAAAACGCGCAUGUAUCGGAAUAGAUAUGGCUACAUUCCUGAAGAAAUUAACGUCUUUUUUGUUCAUAUGGCACCUUUUGUCGUCACAUGAAGCCAUUUGGGUCGGAAGGUUCGAUUUUUGUGUCGUGCACAGUUGCAAAUGUGGACAAAUUUGACAUAUUCCAGAGCAACAACAGACUAACUGGGAGGUCAACCAUAUUUUACGGAUUCUGUGUUCGACACAUCAACAAUGAAUUAUACCCGAGUCUCUAAACCAACUGAUAAAGACCAUGUUUUACCUGUAAACAUAGUAAUUUUACAUCAAAAUGCCCUCAUUUGAACUUUAGAGGAAAAGAAUACUCAUUAAUAGUAUCAAUCGCGUUUCCGUUUACCCUUUUGUAAUAAGUUUUUUGAAUUGUUUGCCUAUCAACUUAUUGUUCAAGUCCAGAGGCUUGUAGACUUGUUUGGUCACGCACGCAUACCCACCAAGAUACUAUGGGGAAAUAUUGACUAGUUUUACUACCAAGCACUUCUGAUACCUGCCAUAUUCUACUUAAACCUGAUGUCCUACAUUUCUUAAGGCGCCUAAGUCCUCGUCAUAAUCGUAUAUGUGUUCCUAGCCAAUCCAGAAUCAUCUAGAUUUGUUCCAAUUAACGUGAUUUGACUCUCCUAACGAGCUUAUUACGCGCAAGCUUGAUAUUUACAUUUUAUUUACAUUCCUACAUGAUUUAAUCAUGAAUGAAGCAAAUGAAGAGUUAGUAACGCGGAAAGAGCUCAGACUACACCUGAUUACAAACAAACGCCUCAUGACUUACCGCCUCCUCGCACGACAUGCGUGACUCCGCGCGUGUGCGUGUAAAAACCCGGUAAUAAUCACGCUCGCCGUUUCAGACAAAUUAAGUGUGCUAUUUUUGUCGCAUUGUCAUAUUUUUAUCCCGAUGAGUGUUAUACUCUCGAGGAUAAAGCGUUCAGUAUAAAGCGUUUAGAAUCAUUGAUUGAAUAACAUAGAUCAUCGCAAAGAACUGUUUAUUUUGAUGGUCCAGUAGUUUUGGCAACCAAACUUAGAGACACUGAUCGGACACGUUGCGACUCAAAUCUGAGAGAACAGGGAAUUAUCAGCUUUCUUUACGCCCCUUCGUGCAGCAGUCUCGCCUUACAAGGGGAACAAGGGUUAACUAAGGCUAUUUCAUUGUAAAAACAGGAAACGUGCUGGCAUAGUCUAAAUAUUAUGUGCGCUUGGAUCCCUUGGGGGGUGAGGGCACUGGGGUAUUCCUGGUAUUGCUCUAAGAUCAUCCCCUGUUUUAAAUGUAAUCCCUGUUACCAACACAUUUGUUUGAGAAGCGCCUUCUUGCAAAUUUUCCUGGUGAUGAGCGGUCAGUUUCCAUGUUUACCUUCGCUAGAGCACCAUGUUUGAAUUCAGUCAGGCUGAGAUGGCCAUCAUUUGAAUUGUCUUCUUUGGUAAAUUGAAUUUCGUUUGGCAAAAGAAGGAAAUUGCAUUUGCCUAAUCUUUGACGCUCAAGGCUUCAAUUUCCAUUCGUUCCAUUCCAGCUGUCCUCUUUCUUAAGGUGGGGGGAAGCUGGAACGUGGAUGACUUUGCGUCAUGUGAACAUGGCUUCUUGACCACCCCUAUUUUAACAUUAGACAUGUGGAAAUUAAAAUAUGACAUGAACCUCCAGGUCGAGAAGAUGAUAACGAGCCUUAAACACUAAUUUAAUGUACCUUCACGGCUUUUUUUAAUUCAAUUAGGCCUACAGGCGUAGGUAGGUGAAAGGGUAUUGGCUAUGUAACAUCCGUCAUGAUUGCGUGACAGCGGUCGCGUGCUAUGCUCCGCAUCAGACAAGACCCUUCAUGUUAUCAAUCGACGACAGAUAUCAAAUCGUGUUGUAUAAUUUUCUGACAGCUGCGACGAAAGAUAAUUGUCCCUGUGAAACAUGCCUAUGGUCAGGUAUAUUGUACAUAAUUCAUAAGGUUCUUGUAACAAUACUUCGAAGAUUGGAAGUGCAUCUAUCUGAUGUUACAGGGAAUUUAGAAACGACCUUUGGAUCUGCCUAUUGCAGAAAGUGCAACUAUGUUUAAGAUUUAAUUAUUUUCAUAUGCUCGGAGCAAUUCCUUGGGUGGGUUUUUGUAAGAACUGCGGGUGUGUUUCAAAUAUAUGAUCUGGCCUGUGAUAAGCGAAAACUGCUGAAAUAAAGGUAUGUUAUGUUUCGUCGCCUGUUUUGUUCAAGGAUGGUAGGUAUUUCGGAAAAGGGAAUGCUUAAUAACAGAUUUAAACCCUAAGCGGAUUUCCGGAUCUCUUGUCAAUAUAUUACAUUAAGACCAAAAUAUUUAUUCCACUAAAAGAGCUCGUAACCAUGAAACUAAGUCUUGGAUCUAUGCUGAAAAGCGCCAUAACAUCACCCCAAAGAGAGUAAUAAGCCUUUUCAUGUCGUCCUCACAGCACGUACAAUUGCACUUGUGUUGAAAUUCAAGAAAUUGUUUUUUGUUCUCUUCGUGACUUUGGUUUGUCUGUGGUUUCUUGUUGCUGGAUGUCAACUGCGAUACCAAGCCAAUAAUACCACUUUUGCAAUAGGUUCGAUCCCCCCAAAAAUCAAACGAAGAUGAGGCAGAAAAUCGAAUAACAAAAACGCCACCAAAUCGAACGCUCUCUCGCGGAGAAGUUAAAGAGAUACAUAACUUUAAGUGUUGCACUUUUAGCAAAACUGUUUUCCCAGUGGAGAGAUUUUCAACAGUGAUCUAUAUCAACAGUACUUUUUUUACGUGUGUAAAAAAGGGUCCGUGUACACACAUCGAACAAUUCAUUCAAAGAGUAUUUGUUCCACAAACAAAACUAAUUUAACGCGUGUGUGCACAUGAAUAAAAGAUCCAAAUAAAGAUGAGCUAAAAAUUACCACGGCUGUGUGAUCCGGCAUACAUUCGAUUGGCGUUACCUGUGUGCUUAAAAAGGAAUAUUGGCUGCAAACGAAACACGGAAUUUUUUUUUUUUUGCGUCGUGGUGAAAUAUUUCCGCAGCUGAAAUUACUCGAAGCGCAAAUUUAAGUUAUCUUCCUAUUUAAAACAAACAAAAUCGAUUGGUAUCGCGCAUGCUUAACUGAAUGCAGUGAAAAAAGUACCCGGCGGUCGAAAGGUUCCGCUUUUAAAAUCUUUAUCUAAUAAACGUAUCUAAGACUUCUAAAUAAGCUGUUUAUAAUACAUGAAUAUCCUCUAGUCGUUUCUUAUUUUAUUUCGGAAAUCAGCUUGAUCAGUUAUUCCACCUAGCAAAACAGCAGCUGUCUAUGAAAACAAUAAAAAAAAAUGAAACCGUUUUCUGAAGGGGUGCAUUUUCGUUUCAAAACCGAUAGACGAAUAGAACCAAGCGACGUUGAAGGUUAUCGAAUAUGUAGCGAUAAGAUUCUCAAAACUUCGGCGAGAAAACAGCAUUAAAAGUGUACUUUCCCUCUAAGCAAUAGUUGCUAUACAAACUUGAAAUCUAGUGUCGCCUUUGUGAUGUCAAUUUCAUUGUUUAUUGUGUUUGCUAACCGCGUGCGCCGCGGAUGAUAACUUUUCGAAUUUAUUUGAAAUUUAUGGCUUUAAUGAAACAGAGUAAAUUCGAAACAGACUCCACUCAAAUUCUUGUCCUUGAGCUCUGGAAGAGGGCGCAGACAACAAGAAGCAGGGUUCGUGGCGAUGUCAACAUUGCACUGUUGUGACCACUUCCGGUUGUGAUUAGCUAGAACAUGAAUAACGUCUCCCAUGGGGACAAUUUAAGUAGGCAAAUGUGUGAUAUCGAGAAUUCUAUUUCAGAUCUCAGGUGAUAAACAUCAAGAUAUUUUGCUCUCAGCGACAACUGUUUAGAAACUGCUCCCUCUUUCUCUAACGGUAAGAUUAACUAUAUUACAUUUCUCUUGCUUUCAUAAUUAAGAUUAUAAGCUGUGUUUAUCCUGUUUUUGUUGCGUGAAUCGAACACAAGUGAAAGCGGCAUCCUUCGUGGUGCGGAUCAGUGCGGUGGCGUCGAAGGCUGAAACGAAUGUCUGUUGAAAGCGCCCUCAAAUUAUUGUCCCCAACAAUAUCCUUGUCAGCCAAAGGAACUAGAAACGUUUUAAAAUGAAAGCUUUAUAAGUCUUUUUUAGCCAGCACAGAUUUUUGGAAGUUUUCCUUUGGAAAACAUCGGGGAAACAGAUCAUCAAAGGUAAUUUGGAAACGGAACUACUGCUACUUUCGCGAGCAUGUUUAAGCUGUCGAAGGUUACAUGUUGGGAUCGAAUUUCAAAGUGUUCUCAGUAGAACAGAAUUAUAAAUUUAUUCUUCCGACCUGUUAGCGUUUUAGUCUUAACAUCUUUUUGUCAAUGUUCGACUCGUGAGCUCACGACAAAACCACCAUGCAUUCGGAAAGAUUUUGAUGAAUGUUUAAUUAGAGGAAUUAAGCCGGCAUGUUUGUAAUGUAUUCAUGUGUCUGUUUUGCUUGCGUUUAUAUUUUCCUAAAUGAUUUUGUAAUUAGUAAUAAUUGCAUUUGGGCCUGCUAAAAGGAACCUAAAGGAUUCUACAUUGUGAAAGCACAAAAUUCAGAUAUUUAACUACGUGGAUAACCAAAGAGGAGUAUUGGUUUGAAGGAAAAGGUAAAUUUGUACUUAUCUUUUAAUCAGAUAUUGUGGUCGGCGCGUCAUACGGCGUUUAUAAACUACGCGAUCUUAUUAGGGUAUUACAACAAUUCACAAUGACUUCAAACAGACAUUUCGCUUGCUACAGUGUUCCCUCAUUAUUCUGGAGCAUGGAAGCGUAAAUGUGACUUUCAACAGCAACCUUUUUACUAAAGAGAGAGCCGGUUAUGUUGUUUUUUGUUCUUCACUCGAGUAUCUGGAUCUUUUCGCAUAUCUGCUUUUAAAACAAUGAUGACACGUUUGGCGAAACCGCAAGUAUCGGUGGAAUAUCACAUUUAGCAGGAACUACGUAAGCUGCACCGAUGAUUAUUAUUAUAGUAACGCAGGAAGAAAGCCUGAUUAUUCCUCUUUCAAUUUAACUGGAAAAUUUAUGAAGGGGAAAUGUAAUAAAUCAUAAAAAAUGGAAGCAAUAUCUCUCUUAAUAUGUUCAAUUGGAGUAGUUUAUUUCAUGUCAAUUUCGCAAGCAGCCACUCGCGAUUGGCAUCUGCCAUGACAUUUUGAAUUAUCACGCAUUUCCAAUUUUUGUCAUUGUUUACGAAAAAAUUGUGAGAAAGGUUUCACAUUGGUUUUCUUGAAAAUUUGCUCUUUCACUUUUUAAAUUUAAAACGCUUUUCUGAUUGCAUUAUGCAUAUCUACUCUUAAAACUCACAUCACGUCAAUAUUGAGAGAUUAAUUGGUCAGAAGAUAUUUUAAGAUAUUGAAACAACCGUAUUUUGGAAAUAUUCAUCGAUCAUUGCGCUCCUUUUUUUUAUUCUUCCGAUAAUUUAUUCAGAUUAUUAGAAAGUUAAACUCUUAAAGGGUUUUUGGAUUAAUGCAGGUUGUGCCAAUGAGUAUAUUUGCUCUCUUUUGAAGGUCUGUCGAAUGCCCGAUUUUUCAGUCGUCGGCUUCGCUCAAUGAGACUGACAACUCUGUAACACAUCAACAAAGAAGUCCUAUUUCACUAGAUUGUUUAUCUUACUAUAGUUCAGGCGAUUUGGAAAAAAGUAUUUAAAUAACUAAGAAUGCCAUAUCCGAAAAUAGCAAAAUGAAGUUUAUAUUUGCGUAUAUGGUUACGCCUGUUAGAAUUUAUUGUAAAUGUUUUACACACCCCCUACUGAGAGACAUCACGUUGCGUCCUCAAGUCACAAAAACUAUUAGGAGUGGAUUGAAUCGUAUUUAUCAAGGUCUUGGUUAUUUUAAACGCUCUAUGUUGUUUGGUAAGGGUAGAGUUUGAAGGUCAUCUUUCAAAGCUAAAAUAUUUCCUAUUUCUUAGGCUAUGUUUUUGAAAUAUCUCGCCCACUGUGAUUGCCCAAAGCUGUUCUGGAUAUCCGUUUUCAUUGUUUCUCCUGUUCGAGAUUUUGUAUAACAAUAACAGAAAUGAAUUAUUAUAACGUUUUUGAGCUUCACAAAAACUGUAAUAUUUUAUAUCUGGGCUACAGCACUCUUCAAGGCCACGAAUGUCGAAAUUGUAAAAUGUUUUCGUCCCCAGCGAGAUUGUGACUAACCCGGUUUUUUCUUGAGCGCAAACGAUUUGCGAACUGCAAAUUUACUUUCCAGUGUCGAAUUAUUGGAAAGGCGACGAUUUGAAGUGUGAAUGCUUGAUUGACAGGAAAGAAAAAGUGUUUACAAAAUGAGACUGUGAUCGUUGUCACCAAGACCAUUAUUCGGCUCGUGGUAUUCAAUAUUUCACUUGCAAUCAAAAAUAAUUUGCAUUACACCUUGUAGAAAGAUCACAGUUCCAGAGCUUCAGAUCGGUUAAAGAUUACUUGCUGCGAACAAGGUGCAUUUCGGAAGGCUUGAAUUGUAUUUGAGGAGUUUAACGCUAGGAUUAGAAAUGUAAGUAGUUGAAAUAGGUUUGACAUGUACUUAACUCCUCAAUCAAAAUAAGCUCGCAGGUGAUAUGACAGGGUUCACGCAUUUAAGAACGGUUUAGCCAAUCACAACGCGUCUUGCUACGCCUCAUGCUGAUUUCGCCAAUCACGAUCCACAAAGAAACCAUCUGUUCAAGGUUUGUUCACUUCUCCCUUGUCUUCUUUGCUCAUCUAAACAGCUAAAUUGUGCGGUUUAUGCAUUCAACUGACGGAAAGAGCAUUUUCUCGGCCGGGGGUAAGCAUUUGUUGGGCUGCUCGCAGAGAUUUUCGACAAGAUUUAUGUCGUUGUCGCUCUUGUCAGAGGUGAUCUGUUUCUUGUUGAAAGCGUGUGUGCAUCUCUCGCUUUGAAAUCGCUUGGUUUGACUCUGCAAAUUUAAGUUCAUCUCGAUUUAAAUGGUUAAAUGGUUGUCAUAUUGUAAAGGUAAGAUAUUCCUUCGAAAAUAUUUGUAUAUCUGUUCGUGCUCUUGUUUUUUAUUAUUUUGCUUUUUAACGGGGAACUCACUCUCGCGUAGACAACAAGACGUUUCAACGGUUUGAAGAGUAAUCGUUGUUGAGACAAUAAUCGCCCACAUCUCUCAUGUUAAUAAUAUAUUAUAUUUACAACACAUGUAAAACAGAACAUGGCCAUUAUAUGCGAAUUUUCUCCUCCAAUUCGCCAAGUGUUCGUUUUGCAGCAAGUUAACGGCGGCUUCGGUGGGCGGACGGUAUUCGCUUGUUUGUUAAUGUUUUUGUAGGUUUUUCAAACACGGACAAGGGAAUAAAUCCCACGGUUUGCAUGUUUACUUUGCUGUUUUGAAAAAAAAGUUACGUUCCAGAGUGAAAUCGAAAGAAAGGAGAAACAACGUGUUAUUGAACAGUCGUUUUACUUUCAAGCCAACGGGUUUUGACUUGUGGAGAUUCGGGUGAAAAAUUGUUCGAUUUGAAGGCGGUGAAUUAUCCGGUGUGGGUCGUUGUCUUCAUAAUCAUCUUAAAACAAUAGAUUUCAGAAUGUGUCACCGACUCGUCGACUUUCACGAUAGGAAAGAUUUUGUCAUGCUCUUAUCGCUUUGUACUAUGUUUAAUCUGGAGCACAGCAGUGCAAAAUCUCUUUGGUUUCGUUUACAUCGUCAGCCAAGUUCGCAACCGAAAUUUUCCGCAGUGCUAGCCGUCAAUUGGUUUCUAAUGUGGUUUCUUUGGUGUCAUUCACAUUAUACACAGAAUUUAUUCAAGCGGAAACCGCAAGGUGCUCGACAUUCGUGACUCUACAAACGCUCAAAAUCUAGGAAGGAGAUCGAUCAAUCUUCAAAAGAUGUUGGAACUGUCCUGAAACUUGGGUAAAGGCAAAUAAAAUAGGAUUGGACCAGUUUAAAAUUUCCUGUUGCGAGAACGUGUCGAUUGUGAGGGUUAAUUGUCUGAAUAAAUUAAGAAUUACAUUAUGAGGUGUUGGUGGAGAGGUGUUGAAAGGAACCUUCAGCGCAAGGGCAAAGAUUUUUCAAGUACAUUUUCUCUUCCUGUUCAUUUUUCAGGUUCGGCACGAAUUCCUUCGGCACCACAUAUUGUCAGAGAAGAAACCGCGACAAUCACGCGGUUUUUGUCGCUAACGAAGCUUGCCUACGGUCUUGAUCGAGGGCAAUAAGUUUCCCUUGAGGCAGAGAAAUCACUUCACACCGAGGACUCGUCUACAAGCAAAUCGCGGCAUGGGGGGUAAAAGUGAAAAUACUUCAGAGUGCAAAAGUGUGACCAAUUCGAGUCGGAAUUUACCGUCUCAAGACGACAAGGGAAGCGAAGCAAAAGGACGGAAGCACAAUGGCAGAUCGGCAAGUGGUGACAAGAAGAAUGAGAACACACAACCUUCCAAGUUGACUUACACUUCGGAAGAAGAUAUUUAUUAUGAACCUGGAGGUAAGUGGAGUUCAAAAGCUUAGUUAAAUUUUCCGAAUGUCAAACAUCGUUCGAUUUCAAAACGAUACGGAUUGUUUGUACUAUUAGAAUAAUUACUUGUAAUUAAUAUCACACACGAAAGAGAAAAAAAAAAGAGGGAAAAAAAUAAUAUCGGCCGUUGAAAAGCUCGGAUCCCCCGUCGAGCUGAAAGAUGGAUUCGUAAAACAUGAAUUCUGUUAGUAGUGAAUUUUGAAAACAAACGUGGCGCGCUCUUGCUUCGUUUGUGCGUUCUUUUUUGUCCAUAAAGAUUCUGCGGUUUCAGGUGAACAAUGUGUUAUCCGCUAAACAAUGUGCCCUGUGGAUCGUGUAAAUUGUAAAUUUGCAUUCGACAUGUUUACCUACGUGGUGGAAAUGAUCAUGAAUAAGACACUUUUUUACGUGUGUUACAACAAGCAGUAAUUCCAGGGGUCAUUAGAAAAUUAUAUCUCCAAUAAAACGUUUCUUGAAUAUUUAGAAAUGGUUAUGAAAAAUUGUGCUCAGGCUCGGAAAACAUUUGGAAACAAAUAGUACACAACAUCAAAAUAAACACGCGCUCUCAUACCGCGCUGAUUUCAAUUGUAAAGUUGGAAAUCGCUUGAUUUCCGAUCCAUUUCUUUCCUUCGUAGACUGUGUUUACAUCGACAGCCAAAGACCGGAUGUCGCAUAUUUUAUUUGUGCUAUCAAGGAGUUUCGAAUGGUAAGUUUCUGUUCGAAAUUGUUAUUGUUUUGGUUUGGUUUUCCUGUCGAUGUAUAAAUUAAGCCCUUUGCUAGUAGUUUCUGGUGGCCAAUUUUACUUUUUUCUUCCUACCCGCCUCGUUUGACACCUUCAAUGUUUGAUAUUUACACUAUUUUGGUGUGGUAGUUAAACAAUAUCAGGAUUUUCUGUUUAUUCCUAAACGGUGAUAAAAAUGCUUUUAGUUGCAAGCUUUAUCAUCCAAUUUUCGCAAGGUGCAAUUUUUACAAUUGACGAUUUUCGACUCGAGAUGGUUUACUUUGAUAUUUGCAAACGAUCAACCGGUUUUUGUUUUCGUUCUGUUUCUUUCUAAGCAUGAACACGGCAUUCGGUAACUUUUCCAUCAUUAUCUUACUUUGCAAUUGAAAAUAGUCCUUUCUUUCCCUAAUACAUAUUAUUGGUGAUAAUUUUGCUGAGUUUCGAAUAAUUCGUAGCAAAUCCUACGUGCUUUGCUUCGCUUUUAUUUUUGUGAGACUUGUGCACACAGUAUUGGUACAAUGGCAAUUUUUGUGUGAACAGAAGGGUUGUGAAAUAUUCUUAUCAUACACGGUCAACAGCUGUUUCAAUCGCUUUUUUCCAAAGUUGUUAGUAAUUUUAAUUGCUAAAUGUUAUAAUUUUAGGACUCUUUGUUGUGGCUUUUUAACCAGAAACUAAUAGGAUUUUGCAAAGAAAUUGAAAAAUUAUUUGAAAUUUGUUACCAAUUUAUUGAAACUUUUUGUAAGAAUAUGGUGAGAUUUUAUAAAGAUUGCCCUGUUUUUUUUCCUUUAUCGCAUUGGUUGCAUUUAUUUUUUUUUUGGUUAACCAAAUGUUACAAAGCAAAUGUCAAACUUGGAAAAGCUUCAUGGUAAAAGAAAAUGUUAAGUCAGGAGUUGAAUUUUUGUAAUGCUAAGAAAUUUCUUAGAUUAUUUCAACUCCAUUAGGAGUUCUGUAACAAAUGAAAAUUUGGUUAAGAAAUGGUUUUAUAAAAUUGUCAUACUCUUUAAUAAAUAUCAGGUUAAUGUAACAUGAUAUUUCAAUGAUAGCCUUAAAGAUAAGACAGGGCAUUUGAAUAAUAUUUUGAAUGUGCUGUUUUUAUGCUUUGGAUGCAUUGUUUUUAUUCUUCCUCCAAUGUGCGGAAGUUUGUAGAAUCAUCUUUGUUUUUCAGUUUACUGAUGAGCAAACUAAUUUUUUUACCAAAACACUGUAAUGUUAAGUUUCAAGUAUUUCUUGAAAAAAAAAAAGAAGGAAUACCUCUUAAAAUGAAUUUGUAUGUGUUGUGGCUACAUGAAGUUUUGUUGUUACCUUAAAGAAAAUGUACAAAACAGGAGAAAAUGAAAAAGAAAAGAAAAAACAAAAACAUGAAAUUAAGGCAGAACUCAAGCAGUUUUACUUUUUUUAAAUAACGUAGUUCAGGAAAGAGAUUGUAGUACACACUGGUAGCUUGAUAAUGAAUAAUAGCUGAAAAAGUCCAGCAAAUAGCAUUUCACAUGUUAUUCCUUGCAGAGCAAAAGAGACUCUCUGGUAGUGGUUGUCAGAUGGUAUUACCGACCUUCAGAGGUUCCUGAAUCAGUAUACCAGCUAUUAAUUCAAGAUAGAAAUGCUGAAAAUGGUAUGUUAGGUCUUUGUGAUUUCUUUAAACUUUUUCCUUGUGCUUCUAAACACGAGCCAAGCAGUCAAGUAUGUCUUGUACUUAAAUGUCUCAGUUGUACUUGUCUUGUACUUAAAUGUUUCUGUUUCAGCAGUAUCUGCACUCUAUCUCACAGUGGAAUUGUUAUUUCUAGGUUCUGGUGAUAACAUUCUAGAGGAUGUUGCAGUCAAGGAGCGGGAAUUGUUUAUUUCUGAUGCAACAGAUGUGUAUCCUGCAUCUGCCCUCAGGUUAGUAAACAAAAUAGUAUUGUUCUUGUCUGAAGUUGGUGAGUUUUUGCCUCAGUCUGUUACACCUCACCCUCAGGGGUUAUAGGGUUGAAGUGUUUACGGUAUGGCUUACUGCAUGCGAAAGUCUCUAAUUAAACAAUAUAUCUUGCAUUUUUUUUUAAGGGGGAAGUGCAAGGUGAGGCCAUUUGUGGAGAUUACAGACUCUGUCAAAGGAUACAUAGAUAAGGAAGAUUGCUUUUUCUAUGUGCUUGGUUACAACCCAGAGACAAGGUAUUGUUUGUGAUUUUGCCAUCAGCACACUGAUGUCUUUUAAACUUUUAUCUGGUUUAAGUUUAAAAGUUACGAUUUUGUUAUUGUUGGUUUGAUAUGAAAAAAAAUGUAUAUAUAUUUAUAUAUUAUCUUGUUAUUCCAGGAGGUUGGCAAACACUAAGGGGGAAAUUAGAGUUGGAGUCAGCCAUCAGGUAAAUAUGAAUUUCAUCUCUCUUGGAUCGUUCAUGGAUCUCUUGCAUACCAAACAAAAAAACUUCCUGUUCUUUCAAAACAGAUAUUAACUUUUGUGAAAAAAAGUGGAGGAGAAAUGAUUUAAAGGUUAAAGCUGAUAAAAAAUAGUUUGGAUUUCUUUUCAAAGGCGGAUGUGAUUUUAUUCUUUAUGUGACAAGGGUGUCCAUGUGGGGGUUUUUCAGUUUGUGUGAGGAAACAGGGAGGUAGUGGUCCCUCAACAAAUGUAGGAAUGGGGGGCGGGGGGGAGGGGAAGAGGAGGGGCUGGGAGGAGACAUGAUCUAAACUCAAACAUCUUCAGAUAUUAGAUUGUGAGAAGUCAGCAUUUCUGGGUGUAGUAAACAUUUAUGAUCUUGUCUGUUUGAUGUGGUGACUUUAAUUAGUUUUCAUUUAUUUGUUUGUAAAAUCAUUUUGUGCUGGAUUGAUGGAAAAAAAUUAUUUACACUAUGGUUUACUAAAUAUGAACCUUAGUACUUGGAGUUUUAUCUUCAUCACCAACAAUAUACAGCUGUUAAUUCAAUAUGUGGGAGAUAACAGAUAUUGCCUUCUCAGUGUAAUGUAAAUAAGAAAAAAGUUUCAAAUGCGAGCAUGUUCAUUUUUUUUUAGGCAACAUUGCCAGAGUGCUGUCCUUUUCCUGUGAAUGGAUUUGAGGACAGGGAAAAUCCAAUGGAGGAGCUGGUAAGUUUUGAUUUUAAGUCUUACAAGCUCAUAAGAAGUACAUAUUGAGUGUGGUAAAUAGGUAAAGAUUAUAAACUGAAAGAUGUGCUUUUUUGUCGCAAGGUAUGGAAUCCAACUCUUGAUGAUUAUGAAUUGAUGAUGUUUCUGCGUGCUGCCAGGUGAGUGCUGCCUGAAGUUAUAAUCACUCAUCAUCGCACACAAACUUUUAUUUAAGGGCCCUUUGCUGGUAAACUUCACCUUUUAUUUCAGAGGAUUUUUCUGGCUGCUUCAUUAUUCAACUCAAGAAUCAUCCAGUGAGUUGAUACAGAUCAACUGUGAAACUUUCUAACUUGCCUUGUUUACUUUCCAGCAUUGUCUGCUGCCAUAUACUCUACAUAAAACCCUACUAACUUGCGAUCAAAUGUUAAUGUGUCAUUAUAGGAGCAUGGCGCAGUAUGCAGGCAUGUGCAAUGGUGGAUCACCCGAGGAUGGUUACAGUGCUGUGUCUCAAGAUGCAACCACCAGCAAUGCACUUAAUGUAGUAAGUUGUUUAGUUUUAAGUGUAUAAAAACUAGCAAUAUGUUGAUUAACAAUUUGCACUGUAACAUGGGUAUCCAUAUUCCUCUAACUUUUCUACAUUUCCUAAGGUGCUAAAAGGAACAUUUGCCUACAGCAACCUUAAAUUUUUUGCCCUAUCUUUUUCCUGACACACUUUUUAUGAGGAGUGUGUCUUAAAUAUUCCUUCAGUGUUUUUAAAGGUUUUAAUUUGGCUGACCAACUUGGUUGUGUGUUUGUUUUUGUUGUUAGCUUCAUCAGAAUAAUUAUGAUGCGGCCAAAGCUCUCCAAGCACUGGUAAAGAAACCUUACCCAAAGGAACUGGAAAAGAGAUGGUCUGAAGACGAAACGGUGAGUAAUGAUAGUUGAGUGUUCAUGACAGAGUGGAGUGCAAAGGACAUAGAGAACCUGCCUCUCUAUUUAUUCUUUAACUUCUGACCAAUUCUUUACUUGCUUGUGAGUAAAGCGAAAACCGAAAGGAGCGGCGGUGUUGUGGCCGAGUGGUAAGGGUGUUGUUCUUGUAAUCUGUUGGUGCCAGGUUGACGCCCUUCACCCAUCUACUUGCUGGAUUUGUUCUCGGUUGCCUUUGGUUAAACUCCAUGCCUGCCCCUUGUAUAAAGCAGCUGGUCCGCCUCCUGCCAGUUAGAGUUUAUAAGCAUUAUCUUUAUUUUCACUGUUGCUUUCGAAGAUGUUAGCCUCUUAGCUUCUCUGUAAAUUCGAGAUCAAACAAACUAAUGUUUAUGUUUAUGUCUUUUUCGAAAUGCAAAGCUGUAAGGGUAGCAGAAGGUUGAUAAAGAAGUAAAAUGCGUGAUCUGAACUGGCCUUUCACCAACUUGAUAAACACAAUUACUCCCUGUUCUUUGCGUACUAGACAGUAAUGUACUGCGCCAGAAGUACUUGACUCCUUAAAACAAAAACUUUGUCUUACAUAGCGAUUACUAUUUGCUUUCAUAUUGUUAGAAAAAGUUUGUCAAGGGACUACGGCAAUAUGGAAAGAACUUUUACAAGAUCAAGAAAGAGCUAUUAUCUCACAAAGAAACGGUAAACCUUUUUUAAACAUUUUUUCCCGUAUAUUUUUCUUCGAGUAAUUUACGGUGAUUAUUUGGACGAUUUUGUAGCUUUCUACCUCUCAAUUUGAAGUGUCUGUUUCUUUUCAAUAGGGAGAGCUUGUAGAGUAUUACUAUACAUGGAAAAAGACACCCACAGCACUUAGUUCUCGUCCACACAGGCGCCGCCGACACAACGUGCUCAGACGAAAAGCACUUCCCAGAUCAUCCAAAAGCAUUGUUAGUGAAUUUGGUGAGUAGCUGACCAAGGUUUGUUUGUCAUUGUCUGGCGAUAUAUUUCUAAACUGCCAGCACUUCUAAACAUUCCUACAAGAAAGUUUUGACUUAACUUGUCCUAGCUGUGUACAGAACUCUGUCAAACAUAAAGCUCAUACGUGAACUCACUCGCGAAGGAGUUCUUUUCGAAAUCGAAACUGAAUUUAAUUAUCCUGAAAUCUUUAAGUCCCGCUCUUGUCACAAAAUAUGUGACAUCUUUCUUUAUUUCAUCUUUGUUGGUGCAGUUGAUCUUAGUUCCUGUAGCGAAGAGGAUUAUGACAGCGACGACAGUGAAAGAGAUUUGAGGUAAAUUGAAGAAAUAUUCUUGCCAUCGUGUUUCAUCGCGAGCAAUCGUGAGGCGGUCACGCUUUUCGUGAUACUCGUAGUCUAGAUGCCCUAAGCUCUCUGAAUUGUCUCGUUAUUUUCCUCUCAGCCUCUACUGUUGUCGCCAUUGCUACACUACUGAGUCUCGAAGCUGGCAUCAUGGCAGUCAAAACAAAGUGAUCUUGUGCGACGAUUGUCGUAUCUACUACAAGAAAUACGGCAAACUUCCUGCUACCGACGAAACACGCGAACCUCCUCCGUACAUGUUCAAAGGUGUUGUGGAAAGGGAGGUACGAGAUGAAGACGGGUAUUUGGUCAAUGGAAAGUUGGCUUUGCGAAGCAGAAGGGCUAUUCCUCCCGUCCAAACAACUUUACGAUCUGGACGUAACAAGACAUCCAGCCCUGUUGAAGGUAACACAUUUUUACUAUUGACGCAUGUGUCUGAAAGCUCCAUAAAACAUAACGUAUUCAUUGAAAGAUAAAUCAAUAAUGGAAGAAAGCAAAGAGAAUUUCCGCAGCACUUAAAACCGUGAAAGUGACUUUCACGAUUGUUUCUCGAACAAUUUCCUAUUUCAGUGUUGCGCGUCAUUUGUACAGCGUCAGAAGAGAAAAAAGAAUGAGUAUCCUUCCUUGUUUCAACAAAAGGAAAAAAAUUCCAAUAUUCUGUAUUUCCUGAGAUCUCAGGGAGUCCAUACACAACUUCGAGUAGUUUUCCUUUCCAAAAGCUGUUAAUUAAAAGUUAAUGGUAGUUCAGUUCAGUCACGUUCUUUUCACGAAUUUUUUUUUUGUCGUUUGGUUUUGCCGCUCAGUUGAAUUCCCGAGUUAUUGAGUAAUAACCAUUGUCCGAAAGGCAGCCGAGUUUCGCAUUAAAUGAAUAUUCUUUUUAAUUUUGUUUUUCAGGAGCAAACAGCGAAUCAUCCGUUGGGAGUCGGAGAUUAGCGAAGAUCAACAAAGUUCCCUCGCCAUCCAGCGGGAGCACAUCCAGUACAGGCAGUAAUGGAGGAAAAGACAAAGUUAAGAAGGUAGAUUGGCUGAUGAUGUUUGGUGCUUCUUUGCUGAAAUCCUGUAAGGGUUUUCGUUAACUUUCGAGUUCGCUCUUCAACACCUCAGUAAAAGCAAGACAGCUUGCGAGUAAGCUUUCUCGUGGAGUGAUAAAAAGGAGAGCUUGCUUGUUGGCUAAAAGCGAGAUAAUGAGAUAUUCGAUAUUUCACAAUUGUCGUAACGAGUCCAUCGAACGAACCAAACUGUACAUAGUACAGCUGUUAUUCCUUGCAGAGGUAAUCAGUUGGGAUCUUAUUUUCUUAGGGCAAACUGAAGAAAGGGAAGAAACGGCGACGAGAUCAGUCACCGGAAAAUCAAGCAAAUGACAAGCGGAAAAAGGCUCAGACUCAGGUAAAUUUAUAUUUCCAGUGUAUCAUAAUUUGUUGCAUGGCAGACCUCGCGAGAAGGGGAAAAAAGAAAAAAAGACGCAAGUCCCGUCUUCUGAUUGGCUACCCUAGCUGUCUUUCAACCUCGGAAUCGCCCGCUCUGUUCCCGCAGAUCAGGAGAUAUUUGCUGCAAUAUUUUGGUCAUUUAUGAAAUCUUGUAGCUAGUAAGCUUGUUCAGUUAAGAUAUCACUGAACCCUUUAACUCCCAUGAGUGACCAGGACAGAAUUUCUCCUUACAUUAUCAACACAUUCUCAAGCAGACAUGUGAUGAGAAUAAAAACAUAUUAAGGGAUUAUUAGUUGAUCCAAUUACAAAUUCGCAAGGUGAAUUAAAAAGGAGAUCUUGGGAGUGAACGGGUUCAUUUCUGUCAUAAACUUGCACUUUUCGGUCCAUGGAGACCUUGAAAACAGAACUCGGUCGAUAUUCCUCCAUUUUGUUCUCUAGCUUGAUUGACAGUGCAUGUAUCUGUGUGAAGUUAAAAGUCAUUUUCUUUUCUUCCUUCCCCUCCCCUAGGAUUCUGACGAAGAUGCAAACGACAAUGCCAGUGACACCAGCAGCACCACCGGGGGUAGGGACAGUGUGCUUCCAGAUCACGACGCCAGUAGUGUUUGUAGCAAUAGCAGUAACAACAAUGACGAAGUGGCUAGUAACCGCUCUUGUUCACCGGCUGAUGCUUCAGAGCCUAUUAAAUUGCCUGACAGAUUUAAGCGCCUGAUUUCUGGUGAGGAAGGACGAAGCUGUGCACGUACCGACGUCGUCUUCGUGCAUUCCGAAAAGCCGAAGAAGGACACGACUUGUUCUCGAGAAGUGUCCGUUUCUAAAGAAUCGUCAUCAAAGGCUGAGGUGCGUGUGAUUCAUAAUGGAUUUACUGCGUAACACUACACAAAAAAAGAGAAAUGACAGUAGACUUAAAUUCCGUACAUGUGAAGUCCAGAUUAUUCACAUGUUACUUAGUGGGCUCCUUUGGGGUGAGUUUCAAACAAAAACCUUUACAGAAACCGAUUCCGACUCAAACACUCCAACCCAAUUUUGAAAGCGCGGCAAAGUCUGUUACUGAAGUAAUAAGUUAGAGGUAUAUAUCAUUCGACUGCGCCAUGCAAAUCUCGCAUCUUUCGGGAAAUAGAGGGGGAAUCAAAAUGUUUAACAAUUAAUUGGUUUCAAAGCAAAAUGGUAAGUACAUGAAGCCCAAGUAAGUCUGAUCCCUACCUCGUUUUCUUCAAAUUAAGAUAUGUCUUGAAAAUGUCCUGAACGUUUCUUAAAGACAAAGUCCCUCUUUUGUUCUCCAGGCCAGUGAAUCAUCUACAGAAGUGUCAGUUCGAUCCAACGCCAGUCAGUCCCCGUACAACGCUCCAGCUACUGUUACUUCGCAUUACGAGGCGUCACUUCGAAAUUACAUGGCUGGAGGACAAUAUCACUUGUAUCCCCCGAAUAUACCGCCGGGUAUGUCAUCCCAGGGCAUCAAUAUAUCGGGAUUUCCACCCCCGAGUGUCGGAGUGGACUACAGAAUGCUUCCUUUCCACAUGUUCUCUGGAAUGGGCGUGGUCCCCGCCGGGGAUUCUAGGGAAAAUGCCGCGAAAUUUGCGGAAGGGUUUGAGCAAUGGUAUGCGCCUUAUCGCUCAGCCCAAUUGCAAUCUGGUCACCAUCUCUCUGCAAUCUCUUAUCUUCAGGGGCAGGGUAGGGCGCUGGAACAAAGCGCAUUGGACUCGCGCAGCCACGAGUCCCUCCUCAAGGGGGGCCCUGGACGUGUUCUUACUACUGAUCCCGCUACAGGACUCCAGUAUUACGGACCUCAGCAACACUCGCAUUCUCAUCUUCACACGCAUUUUCACAUUCAUCCUCACGAGCAGCAACAACACCUUCAAAACUUACAAGCCGCUAGUCUUUCGGCUCUCGACCAAGCUUAUCUACAACAUCCAGGACUUACUUCAUGGAGGAACAAUCCGUCUCUAUGGCAACACCCUGAACUCAUGCAUCUUCACGGCAAUAAUGCGCGUGGCAUUUUCCCUGAAGAAUUAGCUGCCUUGCCGGUUCACGCGCUCGCGUCGACGCCUUUUGAUCGUCAACUUCAGCAGCAGCUUAUAAUGAGCCCGCAAAGUAAAUAUCACCCUCAACAUAUGUUGGCUCAUGAAGAGUUUAUGCGAUACUGUAGACAGCAAAAUCGAGCCCAACAAAGACUUGAAAGCGAAAAAAUGAAUGACCGUUUUCUAUCGAGCAUAUUAAAAAAUGAACAUCGAAAUCUGCAAAGUCCUUCACAGUUAGAAAAUGUAGUCAAGAAAAGCCUGGAUAGUUCUGGGAUGUACUCGUCGCCUUCAAAGAAACAACCCGUUACUAUUGACUUAUCAGACGAUUAAACUUGCUAUUUACCGUUUGUUGCGUUGUAGUUAAAUGCUAAUACGAAAAACAAAGUAAACAUCUUUGAAUUUUUUUUUCUUAUUGUUUGUAAAUCGUGUAAAAUUAAGAGAAGUUCAGCAGCUUUCUGCGCUAAGAAAUAGUUUAACGUUUAUAUUUAAAAUUUUAACAUAUAUCUAGUGUGCUUCAUAAGAGAAAUUGCUUAUUUAUUUCUAACAAAACGCAGAUAAAUUAAGUUGGGAAUCGUUAAAAAUGGUGAUUUUUUAAAAAUUUUCUUUCUGAGAUGGUAAAUUUACACAAGAAAAAACCUUUUCUGCUACUUUUCAAUAAUGGAUGAAAAAUUGUCCCACAUCACGGAAGUAAAACUUCAUUUCUUUCGUACUCAAAAACUAGAUCAGAAGAGUGAAGAAAAGUUAAACGAUAUAUAAAAGGAAAACUUUACGAGAUAUAUUUUAUUUAAACCUUCUGUUUUUUAGAGUUUGGAAAUAAUUUUUUUUCAUUUCCUUUAAUAGGCAACCAUCGCAUAGAAAUUUGAUACGUUAUAAAAUUUAAUGAGCUGUAAAAACCUGGAAAUGAAAACCAAAAACGUUUAAAACAAAAAAGAUAGUUGUACAUUGAUAAGAUUCGUUCCCUAAAGGAAAUUACAUUUCGUAGCAAGUAGUGUAUUGGCGUGCAGACGGAUACUAGGUGUCGGAAAGUAUUUCUGAUGAAAUAUUCCAGCAACAAAAUUCAUUGCAGAACAACAGCAAAGACUAACAGUCUGUUGACGACUAAAUUUGAGAAGUUUGCAGGUAAAAGGAAUUUAUACGAGUUUUACCUCAACUGUUACGAUGUCAACGAAACAAUAUAACUGUGACAUAUUUUCAAAAUAGUUCUAAGAGAAAAUAAAUUGACGAUGUGUAAAUAAAUUUUAUUUAUAGCGUUCUUGUAUGCGAAAGGAGU